UUCGCUUUGUUUACAAUAUUUUUUUCAACAUUCUUCAUGUUCCAAGUCAUUGAGCAAAAAACUGUCCCUAAAUUCUGUUUAAAAUUGUCCAAACAGUCUUGAAUAAAUGCAAAAUUAAUGUGACAAUGCGGUUUUCGUAGCACAAUUUAUUCUGAAACCCGCCAAUACGGCAAACUGAAUUAAAUUUCGAACUAGGUUAGUUUGAAUUUUUGCAGCGAUUUGGGUCAAAAAAGAAAUGGUUUUCUGAGGUGAAUGGUUUUUUACUCUAUUUUUAGUACCCUGAGACGGAAUGUGACUGAUUUCAUUGAUAAACACCAAAUAUUAUGUAGAUAGACUCUAUUUGUGAACAUAAUAUAUUUGUCAAGUUUGAAUACAAUGACUUCGGUCAACAUGGACUUAGAACUUAACGAAGCCAUCCAGGAACCCAUGCCGGAAGAGCCUCCGAAGCCAAUAGAGUUUCAGAGCAAAAAACUCACUUGGCCCGAACUGCGAGCAGUGGUCAGUGAGCUCAGAAGACAAUUGUCUAGUUUGUCCACUAUGGUGCCUACUGAUUUUACAUUCAGGACUUUACAGGAUGGCCGAACUCGGAUUUAUUUUCUUAGCAGUCCACAUCACGGCUGGGAAACGACCCUUCUUUUCGCAGAUAUUCUAAAUACGAAUCAACCCGCAGGUUUGCGCCUGCAAUGGCAGUACGUACUUGAGUCAAAUUUCCCGUGUAUUUCGAGCGGCAAAUCCUCGAGAGAAGAACAGCUGAUGUGGGAAAGGAAACGAUUGGCCACUUGGGGAAUUAACAGUUAUGAAAUACACGAAGACUCUGGCAAAAUAGUGUUUCCAACUGCUAGCAGUUUAUUUCAAUGUGUAGACAGUGGAUAUACGAACGGACAAUUGUUUCCAACCAAAUUACGAAUGACUUCAAUGGGUGCCAAGUUGAAUCCCCAAAUCUGCCCCAGAAAUGCGGAACUGGUAGCAUAUAUAUGCAAUCAUGAUAUCUGGGUAACUCAUACAGUGUCUGGAUCAAAUGUUCGCAUUACAUAUGCACACAAAGGUGGUCGAAAUUUGGCUGAUGAUCCGCUGAGUGCAGGCGUGCCCUCUUAUGUAAUGCAAGAGGAAUUUAGCAGAUAUCAGGGAUUUUGGUGGCAACCCAAGUGUGUUGGUGAUGUAUAUAGGAUUCUUUAUGAAGAAGUCGACGAUAGUGAUGUGAAACUCUAUUGCUUCCCUUCUUCACAUUCAGACACUGGUGAUGUAGAAGAAUUUCGGUUUCCCAGAGCAGGCUCCGCCAACUCGAAAAGCUACCUCAAACUAGUCGAGUUCAAAUUAAACGAACAUUUGCAAAUUGUCGAUAUCUGUUUGUUGGACUUGCAAUUUUCUUUAAACGGUAUGUUUCCAUGGAUGGAGUAUGUAGUGCGAAUAGGUUGGACUCCCGAUGCUGAAUUUGUUUGGGUCCAGCUGCUCGACCGCCUUCAAAAGCACUUGGAAAUCGUUUUGUUAUCGCUCAACAAUUUCGCUUCGGAUCUUCCCUAUUUUAAUCACUCAAGUGACCUAAACAACUUAUCAGGCAAUCCAACUGUUCAAGUGAUUUAUGCCCAAGACUCACAAUAUUGGAUUAAUGUCCACGAUCUACUAUACUUUUUACCAUCCGACGACCCUAAUGAGAUUAAGUUUAUUUGGGCAAACGAAGACACGGGCUACCGCCAUUUAUACGUAAUUACAUCACACAUUUCUCAACUUGUUUAUGGACUUCCAGAAUCAUCUGAGGUUAGCAGCUGUACUUUUUUAACUCCAAAAAUAGUCUCGAAAGUCCAGCUGACUAGUGGAGAUUGGGAAGUUCUAAGUCAAAACUUGUGGGUUAAUUUCGACCGUCAGUUAAUUUAUUUUAUGGGACUUAAAGAAACACCGCUUGAAAAGCAUCUGUAUAUCGUUUCUUUGAAACGGCCAGGAGAGGUAAGACUGCUGACCAGGCCAGGAUACUCGUAUAAUGUUGAAUUUAAUCGGGAUUGUUCUUUAUUAGUAACAGUAUACAGCAAUAUUCGCAAGCCACCGGCUUGUCAAGUAUUUCGAGUCGAACAAAUUGGUUGGGCUGUAGAGGAAGUCAGUCUCAGUCCGCUGGGCUACCUGGUUCAUUCCCCAGGAUCAAUAUGUGAGACGUAUUUGCCUGAUCUUUAUACCCAUGAAAUACAGUCUGGUCAUCUGAUCUAUGCGAUGGUGUUCAAACCGCACAACUUUAAGCCCGACCAAAAAUAUCCAACGAUUUUAAAUGUGUACGGUGGUCCGGAGGUGCAGUUGGUUUCAAACUCCUUCAAAGGAAUGCGUCAUCUUAGAAUGCACAUGUUAGCAGCCAGAGGAUAUUGUGUGGUGGCAAUAGACUCUCGAGGAUCUCUUCAUCGAGGCAUUCAGUUUGAAGGUUACAUCAAGGGAAAAAUGGGCACUGUGGAACUGAAAGAUCAAGUUGAGGUACUCAGGUGGCUUGCUGAGAGCCUCGGCUACAUUGAUCUUCAAAGGGUGGCCAUCCAUGGAUGGUCUUACGGUGGCUACUUAAGUUUGAUGGGUUUGAUUCACCAUCCCGAUGUGUUCAAAGUUGCAAUAGCUGGUGCUCCGGUGACUAAUUGGAACUUUUAUGAUACUGGGUACACUGAACGGUAUAUGGAUCUGCCUUUACACAAUGCAGAUGGUUAUGAAGAUGGCUCAGUUCUCAAAUACGUUCACAAAUUUCCUGAUGAGGAGAAUCGUCUAUUGAUUAUUCACGGCCUGAUCGACGAAAACGUUCACUUCUAUCACACUUCACAGUUGAUCAAGUAUAUGGUAAACGCGGGAAAGCCCUAUCAGCUCCAAAUUUAUCCGCACGAAAGACACUCACUUCGCCAUCUCGACUCGAGCAAGCACUACGAAACCACGUUUUUAUCUUUUCUGCAAAACCAUUUGUGAAUACGUUUGCCUCGAGGUUCUUCGAAAUUUUACCGAUUUCUGCUUUUAAUUGAAUGGCCAGGACAAAAAUAGUGCUCACUGUUUUGGGUGGGUUUUUAAUAAUGUUGGAACCUUUAAAUUAAUUACUAAAAGUUGUAAACUUUCUCAAUUUGAACUUGUUCUGUACAGCAAAUUUCGUUUGGUAAUUAUAAUAGUUGUUCGAUAAUUGAAACGAAAUAUAUACUAUGAUUGUAGUUGGUAUAGAGACAAUUUCUAUACUUGUUUCAACUUUUCAACUGGCUGCAUUUGAUUGCCUCACAUGUGUAAAUUAUUAUAAAUUAUUUGUAAUAGUAAUAAAUGUUUUUAUUGAA